AGCCACUCCGAAUUAUGAACCUGGAAAAAAUACUUGAUUUCUCAAUGCCUCAGUUUGUGCUUUAUUGUAAAGUUUUUUUAGAACAGAAUUUAAAUUGAACUGUACUAAAUUUAUUUCAGUCAAGCAUUCCAAAAAUUAGUUGAUAUUGAUUUGUUUUUUUUUUUUAAUAAAUUUUCGUUGAUUUAUACCUUAAACCUUAAAACGUGUGACAAGGGAAUUUGUGAAGAAAAACCGAGGAGUAGAAUAAGUUAGAUUGUUUUAUUUUUAUUAGCUCGUUAAAAUUUUCUUCAGAAGGAAUUUUGGGCUAAUCACUCUUUUAUCAGAGUAAGCAUCCUCCUCCAUAUUCAUUGAAAUUUUAAUCAGUUUGAUUCAAAUACUAUUACAGUGACCGAUCUCUAAUUUGGAUCGGCGUAAUCCGGACGAAUUAUCGACGGUUACAUCUAAAAUAAUUUUAAGGUUAUGUAUGCAUGUGUGUUCAGCAAUGAAAAUAAAUUAUCCUGUGAUGUAUUUGUUUAAUAAAUCAAGUAUAAUAGAAUAGAAUUCUCUAAUUAUGUCUUUUUAAGCUUCUUUAAAACUUUUAUUCUAAUUUUAAAAAAAACUUGUAUUAUAUUUUCGAGUCUCCCCUAAAAUAAAUUAAAUAUAUUCUCUGGAUUUAAUAGUUAAAAUUGUUUUGAUGAACCUUGGACUUCAAAUAGUUUGUAGUUUAAUAUCAUUUAAGGAAGUAUAUAAACUCAAAUACUAAUCUCUCUCUAAACUAAAAUAUAAGUAAUACCCCGGAACCGGAUUCGUAAAGUGAUACGUAACCCACGUAACCGGAUUUAUAAGGCAUCUAAGAUUUAAUAUUCCGAUUACAAUAGCAAUGAUAUUCUUUACAGAUAUUUUUUUAUGAAUAUACUAUUGUAGAUCCUUAUUGAACUUUAAUAUAAAAUUUUGCCCGGAACAUCUGGUAAUAUUUCACGCAGAAACUUAAUAAUGUUGUACGCAGUGUGACUGAUAUGAUUGAUGUAUGAAAAUUGUUGGAGCAUUGUGUUUUAAGAUAACACCAACAUUAACAACUGUUAUCUUAUCUGCUACACAGGAAAAAAUGUUCAGUAUGUCACAUUUGAAGAUUAAACACAAUUACACUGCCAUACAGAUUUGUGUGGAAGAUUCUAGAGGAAUUGCGACAGAGAAGUUUUGUUUUUGUUUAGGAUUUUUAUCGCCUGAUUUUGAGGUAAUAAGUUGUUUUGUGAUGUAAUAUAUUUUAAAGGCCUCACAAUAUUACUAAAACCUCUAAUUUUUAAUUUUAGCAAAUAUUUCCCGAAAUCUUUUAAAUUUACAUGAUAAUUAAUCUUUAUUGCUUUUGUUUAUAAAUAGUUUUCUACAGGAAUUUUGAAGAAAAGAUCUCUUUCAAUAGGUAAUGUAAAGAAUUCAAAAUUUGCUCUGAAAUCUUAAGAAGAUCUCUGAGAAAACAAAUCCAUUUUGCUUUAAAAGUUAAUGCAAAGUGAGAAAUUUUCAACUAAUGAAUCUUUUAAUUCUGUUGAAUUAUUUGCUCUUGUUAUUCUGCUUUAAUAUAUUUUGUUGAACAUAAAACAGAUCUAUGGAUUUGUUCUAAAUGUGAGAAAUGCAUUAAAAUUAAACUAUAAGGCUUACGGCUCAUCUUAUCGGGAUAAUUUCAUGAAAACGGAAAUAACAUCCCUUUUUCUCAAAUGUUUUGGUUAUGUCUAUCUUAAAUUUUUUGGUUCUUAAAAUUCGAUUGAACUAAAUUUAAUUUGGCGUGAUGUUUAAAUGAAGAAGAAGAAGAGUAGGAAAUAGUGGGACAGACAUACAUGAAAUGUUUGAGAAAGAAAGGAUGUUAAUUUUGAUUUUAGGAUUUUUUUCCGAUCUGAAAGGUGUGCCCAAGCCAUUUAAAUUGGAACUCCAAAAAUUUAUGAUUUUUACGGAAGAGUUUUGAGGGAAAAAUUAUUUUUAUAUCAAUUCUAGUUCUACUGACAAUAGGACAGCCGAACAUAUAUUAAAACUUAAUGGCCGCGGCACACCUUUUAGAUCGGUAAAACUUCAUGAAAUCAAAAUUCGUAUUCCUUUUUUAUCAAAAGAUCUACAAAAGUCUAUCUCAUUCUUUCGGUCGCAAAAUUGGACUAAACUAAAUUGAAUUUGAUCUAAUGUUCCAGAGAAGAAGAAGAAGAGUGCCAAAGAAUAGGAUAGACAAAUGCAGAACUUUUAAGAAAGACAGGGAUGUGAAUUUUGAUUUUUUUUUUUUUUGAAAUAUUUCUGAUCUAAAAGAUGUGCCAGAGGCAUAAAGAACAAAAUCUGUGGAGUUCAUGUAAAAAAAAAAUAGUAGUUUUCGAGUAAAAGCUAUUAGAAAUUUAGAAAAAUUUCUAUCACGAAAAUAUUUAGAGUCUCCUCACGUGGAGAAAAAUGUAGCCAGUGUCAAUGAAAUAACGUAUGGAAAGCAACGAAGUUUUCAUAGAACAAAAAAAAAUAAAAAGAAGUUUUCCACAAAGUUUUGGAAAUUGGGAAAUCGAAAUGUAAAAAUUUUGUCUUCUCAUGUAAAUCAGCUCAUAAAUGUUACCCAAAUACUUUUGAUACAUGAAUGAGCAUGAUUAUACGAAGGGAUAUCAGAAAAGGGCUAAACUGUUGCCGGAAGCAAAAUUUCUAAAUAGCAAGAGAGUUUGUCUGAGAGUAGUAAAGCACACUCUGGUGGACCACUUGAAAUCCAAAUUCUUGAGCAUUUACUCCUUGAGCAUCUGUGAAUGAAACAUCUCUAAAAGAUAUAUAACAUCGUGUCUGAAAGCUCUCCCCCUGCCACGUUCUCGCCCCAUCGUCAGUCGCUAGGCGCUGAGUUCGUGUCUGCCCGAUGCAUGCUUUCGACUGCCCCACACUUGCGGAGUGUUGGUGGAUCUGGCGAAGCAAGUCGACACUCGGCAGCCGUGGAAGCUUUCAGUUGACUGCUGGCUGUCGGGACGGAAAUGAUUGUGGCGUUUGGUCAGCACGGACCGGCAAAAGUUUUCUCUAUAUCUAGCGCGAACUAUUCAAAUGAUGAGAGCGUCGCGAUGAAGUGUUCUUUGGCGGUGACUACCGGUUUUUUGUGCGUUUAGAGACACUUGAGCAAUUAUCUUAAGAACUUGUGUGUCACUUGCUCCUCACGCCACCAGACUGGCCAAGAUAAACAUCCACAAAGUGUAGAAGUUGCGUUGUCGAUGUGUGUAAAGUGAGAGGAAAAUUUUCCUCUAGAUCUUGUGAAAUUUUUAACACGGUGUGUAGAUUGCUUUAAAAUUAAACAAAAAAGAAAAAUAACGACGGUGGCAAAUCAUCAAUUUCUUACACUCCAAAAUUAGGAGAAUUUCUCAAUCAAUUUGGGGAGUAUAUGUGAAAUUGUAAGAAUUUUGCUCUUUUUAUUGGGGUGGAGAAUAAGCAUUUUGAAAUCCACCAGAGAUUUAUUUUGGGAGAACGUGACUUUUUUUUCGGAGAAAAAAAAACCCAGAGCAAUACAGACACUAAUGCCCAAGUUAUCAGUUUGAGAGAAUGUUUUGAAUUUCCAACAUGAGUAAGAGUAACAAUAGUAUAAUACGCAGCGAUGUAAGGCAUAAAAUUUUGUAUCUGGAGAAAAUGAGCACUUGGUGUGGUUUAUGUGUAGUUGUUAUCUCGCUUAUCAGUGCGUGUUAACAGAGCAAAAUGCUCUCACAUCAAUUCAACAAAUUUUCAAUUCAAGUAGCUGGAAAGUUUGUAUGGUGAAAAAUCCCGCCAAAUAUUUGGACAUUGUUGGACAGUGUGAGUACAUUCAAAUUGGGUGGCUAUUAAAGAACUCCAUCGUGGAUCCAUCCAUCAUAGAAUCACCCCUGGGAAUCUUCAGUAGUAUCUUUCCCAUGUGACUGGAGAAAAUUUAUGAUACACUGUAUAUGUUUUGCCAACGAGUGGAGCACGCAAGAAAGCCAUCCACAACUUGAAAAAAAAAGAAUUCCUUCAAUUGGCAAAUAAAGUUGUAUGUUAAAAAAAAAAUUACAGUGCAUCAUAAAUAAAAUUGGUGGUAUAGGGAGCGAUCAAGAAUGGUCACAAUUAUUUCUGCGUGUAUUACAUAAGAUGGAAUAUAAUUGAGUGGAGAAUUUUCAAAUAAUUUACAACAGUGUUCUUGCUCGUCUCGCCCAUACAUCCGCCAAUUAAAUGCAUAUAAUGGCAAUUUUUGGAGUGUGAGAAAGGCAGAGACUCGUAACGUGCAAUUAAAUAAAUUGAUUUCGAUCUCUGUGCGUAUUUAAAGUUUUAAUGACAAUACACCAAGCGCCUCCACUGAGGAGGUGAGUGCGGAAGAAAGUGAAGAAUGAGUGAUGUGAGGGUGUUUCCAGUGGCAGACAAAUUGACUGUCGAUGGACAAGGGUGAGGAUUGAGCCUCAUCUGUCUACGGACAGAUCUCCAUUCCUGGUGAAAUUCACCCAGUUGGAGUCGAAUGGGCCAGACUUCUAGCAUGUGCCGUUUUCGUGGAUGCCGCUACAAGAAAAGCUUACACCUGCGAAGCAUAGACGCGCCUCAAAACAGAAUGCCCGCCGAGCAGGGGGGCGCGGACUCUGGUACUCGUUCCGGCGUCCCCCUGCCACUGCAGCUGCCCGCGCCCGACACGCAGGUGAGCUACGAUGCUGAGUACGCUCGCAUGGAGGCCUGGCUGGAUGAGAAUCCCGAAUUUACGCAGGAUUAUUUCAUCCGGAAGGCGACACGUCAGGUGGUGGAUGCGUGGCUCGUCAAUCAUGCCACGCCUGGGGCCGAAAUGUCAUCACCCACCUACAACUCCGGCGCGUGUUCAUCGCGUGGCGGAUCGGGAGCCACGACCCCCGUCAGAAAAAUCUCAGCUCAUGAGUUUGAGCGAGGGGGCUUGCUGAAGCCCAUUGUUAACACAAUCGACGGCACCCCGACGUUCCUCAGUGUUGGCAGCCAGAAUGAGGGUGCCGCCGGUAGCACAGCUCUUGUGGCGGGCGUUUCAGGAGGAGCAGGUGGUUGGGGGCGUCCUCAGCGAUUGUCACGCAAUGAACUCAAGCUCCUCGAUGAGAAGGAGCUCAUCUUUGAAUUGGUGAAAGACAUCUGCAAUGAACUCGAUGUGAGGUCUCUAUGCCACAAAAUUCUUCAAAAUGUCUCAAUACUGCUCAAUGCAGAUCGUGGAUCUCUCUUUUUGGUCCAAGGAAGGACAAGUGCCUGCCAAAAUGGUCCAAAAAAAUGUUUGGUAUCGAAGCUCUUCGAUGUGUGUCCACGGAGUACGCUGGAAGAAAUGGAACAGCAAGAGGAAGUCAGGGUAGCCUGGGGUACAGGAAUUGCUGGACAUGUUGCUGAGAGUGGAGAACCAGUGAAUAUUCCCGAUGCAUAUCAGGAUGAGCGUUUCAAUCGGGAGAUAGACCUACAAACCGGCUAUCGGACAAAGGCGUUACUCUGCAUGCCGAUCAAAGAUGUGACAGGGGAUGUUGUGGGAGUAGCUCAAGUCAUCAACAAACUAAAUGGAGAUUCUUUCACGGAGAAUGAUGAAAAGGUUUUCAUCCGCUACCUGCAAUUCUGUGGCAUUGGUCUGCGAAAUGCUCAGCUCUAUGAGAAAUCUCAGCUGGAGGUGAAGCGAAAUCAGGUGCUUUUGGACUUGGCCAGAAUGAUCUUUGAGGAGCAGAGUACGAUUGAGUAUAUGGUUUUCCGAAUACUCACACAUAUGCAAAGUCUUAUUCAGUGUCAGAGGGUACAGAUUCUGCUGGUCCAUGAAGCGUCCAAAGGCACUUUCUCGCGGGUGUUCGACUUUGAGCCGAAUGACCUCAGUGAGGAUGAUAGUCAAUCAAGAACUAGUCCGUAUGAGAGUCGCUUUCCUAUCAAUGUGGGUAUUACAGGGUUCGUAGCAAUGACUGGAGAGACUGUGAAUAUUCCCAACGCUUAUGAGGAUCAUCGUUUUGAUCCCAGUGCUGAUGAUGGGCAAUCCUUUAAGCAUAAAUCAAUUUUGUGCAUGGCUAUAAAGAAUUCACUGGGCCAGAUAAUUGGGGUGAUUCAACUAGUGAAUAAGUUCAAUGAUCUGAUUUUCACAAAAAAUGACGAGAAUUUCGUGGAGGCUUUUGCCAUCUUCUGUGGCAUGGGCAUUCACAAUACUCACAUGUAUGAGAAGGCGGUGGUCGCGAUGGCGAAACAGAGUGUCACCCUGGAAGUUCUAAGUUAUCAUGUUUCCGCCUCAAUUGACGAUGCCAUCAGAUUGAGGCGACUUAAAGUUCCAUCGGCGGCCUUCUUUAAGCUGCACGACUUUCGCUUUGAUGACAUCCAUAUGGAGGACAGUGACACCCUCCUGGCUUCUCUAAGGAUGUUCUACGAUCUCUCCCUCGUUGAUCGAUUUAACAUUGACACCGAGGUUCUCUGUAGGUGGUUAUUGAGUGUUAAGAGAAAUUAUCGCCAUGUGACUUAUCAUAAUUGGAGGCAUGCCUUCAAUGUGACCCAGAUGAUGUUUGCCAUCCUCACAACAACACAGUGGUGGAAGAUUUUUGGCGAUAUUGAGUGUCUAGCACUUGUGAUUGCCUGCCUCUGUCACGAUCUCGAUCAUCGAGGGACCAAUAAUUCCUUUCAAAUAAAAGCUUCAUCGCCUCUCGCUCAAUUAUACUCUACGUCCACAAUGGAACAUCAUCACUUUGAUCAUUGCUUGCUCAUCCUCAAUAGUCCUGGAAAUCAAAUCCUGUCGAAUUUAUCAUCAGAUGACUACAGCAAGGUGAUACGUGUUCUGGAGGACGCGAUUCUUUCAACAGAUCUCGCAGUUUAUUUUCGGAAAAGGGGACCAUUUCUAAAUGCUGUUAAACCAAAUUCAAUGAAUUACUGGCUGGCUGAUGAGUCUAGAGGCCUGCUGCGUGCCAUGAGUAUGACUGUAUGUGAUUUAUCGGCUAUCACAAAGCCGUGGGAGAUUGAGAAACGUGUGGCGGAUCUCGUAAGUUCGGAAUUUUUCGAACAAGGUGAUAUGGAACGACAGGAACUCAAUAUUACACCAAUUGACAUUAUGGACAGGGAGAAAGAGGAUCAGUUACCAAUGAUGCAAGUUGGAUUCAUCGAUUCGAUAUGUUUACCCAUCUAUGAGGCCUUUGCUGUAUUAUCACCAAAACUGGAGCCCCUUGUUGAGGGUGUGCGCAACAACAAGGAGCAAUGGUUGAAGUUGGCGCAAUCGUGCAAUAGGAAGGCGAUGAGACACAAUUCCAUCCCCUCGGUCACGAAUUACAACAACAACCACAUCAACAAUCAUCUUCCCACGAGGCGAUCGAUGAGCAAUGUGUCGAGUAGUUUAAUAAAUCGUGAUAGUUGCUUAAGGACACCAAAAAUUGUCGGCAAGAUGAAUUGCUGUGUUAGUGCCACGACCAAUUGCACAGUUAAGCUCAAUGGCACGGCAAGCACCAAAAAGCUCCACGAGCCACAGGAUUACUGCAACCAUCAAGUCACGGACCAAUGGACAGAGUAAUUUUUUUUAAAGCUUUUAUGAAAGGAUUUUAAGACAACAUACAAAUUUGUACACAAGUACCUUCAAUGUUUCUCUCCUUUAUCCUUUUUUCUGUUCUUGCAUAAAAUACCACUUGCACCAGUGGGAUGGGGACUUUUAAAACACCAAGGGAUGGCUUCUACUUCAAAUCUCUAUCCCAACACUAUUCUCCCAUUUAAUGUAUUUUUCUCUCCCCAAGACAAAAAAAAAGUCAUUACUGUGUGAGUGUUAUCUUUUAUAUCAAAGAAUAAAAAGCAAAAGAAAAAAAUCAAGAUAAAAUGCACUUAAGAUAGUUCAAUUGAACUGUAGCGAAGGUGGGAAAUGCACAAAGAAAAGAAUGUUAUAUAUUUUCUCUCAAUUAGCGCAAUUGUGUAUAAAAGUGACUCUGAAGCUAAAGAAGGAAAAAAAAAGAAAAGAAAAAUUGUGAUGCUCUCUAAAUUGUAACAUAAUGAAUUAUUUAACUUAUAGUAGUAAUAAAAUAUGGACAGAAUUUGAACUGAAAA